AUGAGCAGUCAUCUAUUGAAAUGUUAUAGAUGUCCAACUGUUAUCAAGAACGAACUACAGAAAAUACCUGUUACUAGAACAAGUGUUACAAAUUCGCCCUUGCAAGAUGAAUCACAUCGUGAAAUGACACAGGAUACCAGUUUGACGGACACAACUUCUAUUACUACUUCAUCAGAAAUUUCAUCAGAAAAGAAACUUUAUCUAGAUCAGCUUUUAUCGAAGGCAAUAUUUGUUACCUGUUCUCCUGUAUCCAUCGUUCAACAUCCGCUGUGGGUACAAUUUUUUGACGAUUUGCAACCAGUUUAUAAAUUACCAUCCAGAAAAGCUAUCUCCACAACAUAUUUGGAAACUAUUUAUAAUGAAAUGGUCAAGGAAAUUACAGACGAACUGAAGUCUUUAAAUGAUUUGCAUUUACAGUGUGAUGGCUGGAGCAAUCAGCGCAAUGAGGGUAUCAUCAACUUCGUUAUUGCAAAACCCGAGCCUGUUUUUGUUAAAAGCCUUAAUACUCUUACAAACAGACAUACAAGCCAAUAUAUAUCUGAAGAGAUAAUUAAAGUUAUAAACGUGUACGGAGGCCACAAAUUUGUAACUCUUAUCGGAGAUAAUGCAAAUAAUAUUCAAAGAGCAUUUCAGAUAGUUAAAAAUUCAUAUGCACAUAUAAUACCGCUGAGAUGUGUAGCACACACAUUGAAUUUGCUGUGCGAAGAUUGUUUAAAAUUAGAACCUAUUAAUGCGUUUAUAUCAAUUGCCACUAAUACGAUAAAAGCAAUUAAAAGAAACCAAAGUAUGAGCGCUUUAUUAGCUCCGAUUGUAAAAGAGAAAGGUUCGUGUGAAACAUUGAAAUUACCAGGGAACACCCGCUGGGGCAGUUACUGCACUGCGUUAAAAAGUUUAAAAAAAUCUAAAGUUGCAUUACAGACAUUAGCUGUUCACGAAGAUGCCACUAUUUCAGACGAAAUAAAAACAAAUUUAUUGGAUUUACAUUUCUGGACCAUGGUAGAAAAUUGUAUAAAACUACUGGAACCUAUAACUGAAAAAAUGUUCAAACUUGAAGGCAAUGGAAUACUUAUAAAUGAAGUUUAUAUGGCCUUCAAAGAUAUUAAGUCUACAUUUAAUUUUGCAUUCCCGGAUAUAUCUAUUCUAAAUGAGCAUCACAAACAAGAUAUUACAAAUGCUGUAAUUAGGCGAGCAAAUAAUUGUUUGAAACCUAUUCAUUAUGCUGCAUAUUUAUUGGACCCACGGUCACAAGGAAUUGAAUUAGAAGAAGAACACGAAGUGGAUGCGAUGGGGUUUAUACACGAUGUAAGUCAAUCGCUAAAUAUUGACGUUGGCGUUGAUUUAGCCAAUUAUAGAGCUAAACAGGGUUUAUGGAGUAGACCAUUUAUAUGGAAGAAUGUGGCUGAAAUGGACCCAGUAGUUUGGUGGAGAGGACUUUGCAAGUCUAAAUUGCUGAGUAGGGUUGCAGUACGUAUUUUAACUGUUCCCUGUACUUCAGCAGCUACUGAACGAUCUUUUAGCACGCACGCGCAUACACAUAGUCACAAACGGAAUAGAUUGACUACAGAAAGGGCGGCAAAAAUAGCUUUUAUAUCAUAUAAUUGGAACUUAUUACACAAAUAUAUAGAUGAUGACCAUGACGAUGAUGACGAGCCGUUAUCUACACCCAGGCAAUUGUCGAGUCCAUUGGGAAGCCCAAUAAGUAAAGAUCAACCAUCAACAUCUCGUGGAAAUAUGCAAGAAAUAGAAUUCUGUAAUAUUCAUAAUAUAUUUAAUAAUCAUGACAGUAGCGACAGUGACUAA